AUGCCAUUAUACAAGGAGGAUAACUUUCUUAUAGUACAGCCCGGGUCAAAAUACACUCUUUUCACCUUUGGGUUGAAGGAUUCCCUAUCGCCACCACAAUUUAAAAUUCCAACCAUAGUAUAUAAAGAACAAGACACUAACCAGUAUUUAGCCACCGCGAGUGAUACUUCGACGGAGAUUCGCCCAAUCAGACAUGGCAAAAUAGCUGAUUUGGAUGCAUUUAAUGCAUUAAUUCAAAUCAUCUUAUCGAGUGUAAUCCAACAACACCCCAUUCUAACCAUCAAUCAAAUACCAUUAUUACUUAUUGCACCUUCGUUAACUUGGUCAAGGAAACAACUCGAACACAUUACCAAGUUUGUUUUUGAAAAUUUAGAAAUUACAGCUUUCAAUGUUUUGGAUUUGAGUCUUGGUGCUACUUUCAGUUUUGCCAAUACUGUCAACUCAGUUGUGGUGAAUAUUGCUGAUGAUAAUAUUCAAAUUGUGCCAGUUAUAGGAUUCCAAAGUGUUAAAUUUGCUGGUGAGUAUAUCCCAGGAAAAGGUGGCGUGACAUUGAAUGAAGAAAUGAAUGCUAAAUUUCCGAAUUUCACUCCACAACAAAUUGAGGAUUUGAAAUCUAGUGGUAUAUUUGAGUUUUUGCUCGAAGGAGAAGAAUCAAUUGGUGAGAUAAACCCAGAUGCAGAUAUGGAUGUUGAAGACGCCAAUGAAUUCGAUGUCGCAAAAGUUUUGACUGAUGAGAAUGGAGACAAGAAGGAAGAUGCAGAUGAAACACAAGUGAAAUCGAAUAAAGAAUUAGAGAAAAAUUACUUCAUUGAUACCGCAACACAAGAGAAAGUAUGGAUUGGUAAAGAACGAUUUACAACUGACUCGGGAUUGAUCAGUAUCGUUGGAGAUGGAAUCUACAAGACCUUGCUUAAAAUCAAUGAUCUUGACAAGAGGCAAGAUUGUUAUGACAAUAUUAUUCUUGUUGGGUCAUCAGCUCAGGUCCCAGGAUUAAAACAAAAAAUUUACGCCUACUUGCUUCAUGAAUAUUUGGUUAAAGAACCAGCCACUACCAAUGGCGCCGCAAACUCACAAAACAAUAUCAACUCUACCAUUGCCAAAUAUCAACAAACCGACGAUGCACAAGAGGGCGAUUCACAACUGGCUAUGAGCCAAGUGCCCUACCGUAUCAGAUUUGCUAAAGUUCCCGAUUACUUCCCUGAAUGGAAAAAGCCUAAGGAGAAAGGUGGGUCAUGGCAUGAUUGUUUUUUCCUUGGUGGUGAAAUUUACGCCAAACAAAUUUUCUCAGGAGGUUCGCACCAUCAUAAUAAGGAGUUGUUUGUUGGUAGUGACAUGUAUGAAGAAAGAGGUCCACAAAGUAUUUGGGAUGUAAGUAUUUAG